AUGUCACUUGAAAGAACAGAGCCAAAUUAUUUCGGGGCCGGCCCAGCGCUGCUGCCAACGAGCGUUCUGCAACAGGCUGCCAAGGAUAUGAUCAAUUUCCAAGGACUGGGCCUGGGAGCCGGAGAGAUCAGCCAUCGGUCUGCUGCUGGAGGUAAUAUCAUCGAAAGCACCAAGAAGCACCUUGCCGAGCUUCUGGAUGUGCCAGACACCCACGAGGUGUUUUUCAUGCAGGGAGGAGGAACCACAGGAUUUUCGGCGGUGCCUACGAAUCUGAGUGCCUCGUUCGCCAAGAAGACAGGCAAGAAAGGAAAGCCUGCUUAUGUGAUCACAGGAUCCUGGUCCAAGAAGGCCGCAGAGGAGGCCCAGAGACUGGGCUUUGACCCGGAGAUCGUGGUCGACUCCAAGAAGGUGGAUGGCAAAUUUGGCGGCAUUCCUGCUGUUGAAAAGUGGUCCAUCCCAGCAGAUCUGUCCAACACCUCGUACGUGUACUUCUGCGACAACGAGACGGUGAACGGCGUGGAGUUCCCAGACUUCCCAUUCGACAAGUUCCCAGGCGUGGAGAUCGUGGCCGACAUGUCGUCGAACUUCUUGUCCAAGAAGAUCGACGUGAGCAAGUACGGCUGUAUUCUUGCAGGAGCCCAGAAAAACGUCGGUUUGGCAGGUAUCACCAUCUACAUCAUCAAGAAGAGUCUGCUUGAGUACCCAUCCGACGAAGAGCUGACCAAGCUGAACAUUCCGCUGACGCCAAUUGCGUUUGAGUUCCCGAUCGUGGUGAAGAACAACUCUGCGUACAACACCGUUCCAACGUUCACGGUGCACAUUGUCGAUUUGGUGCUGCAAUUGCUGGCCGAGAAGGGCGGACUUGCUAACCAACAGAAGGUCAACGAGGAAAAGGCCAAGCUGCUGUACGCUGCUCUGGACAAGUACCCAUCUGUGUUCAACCUGCCUGUGGAGAAAAGCGUGAGAUCCAAGAUGAACGUGGUGUUCACGCUGGCCAAGGGAACCGACUCAGACUUCCUCAAUGCUGCCGAGGAGAAGAAGUUGCAGGGUUUGAAGGGCCAUCGGUCUGUUGGUGGCAUGCGUGCGUCGUUGUAUAAUGCGGUUUCGCUUGACAGUGUCAAGCUUCUGUGCGAGUUUGUCGAGGAUUUCGGCUCCAAGAACGCCUAA